CACCAGCGCUGCACGGCUCCCUCCAUGCCUCCGCCCUGUUUCCUUCAUCAGACAGGACUAGCCUCCUCCAUCUCUGUCCGGCAAAAGCCUGCCCAGCGUUCAAGACCCUCCUCAGAUGCCGCCUCCACCAUUAGGUUUCUCCUGACCCCUGAGCCUGUAACACGUGCCACCGUAACUCUCCACCUCAGCCCACAUUCCCACAGCACUAGCGACGUCCGCGGCCCUCGACAUGGCGCUUCAUUCUAUUUUGGGGUAUUUCCUGCUUGCUUCCUGCGCACACAGUCACUCGAGGCACAGCCCCGAGUGACCUGCGCACGAGUGGCCUGCGCUUCCAGCCGCGCUGCCGCAGGCCAGCGAGGGCAGCCGGAGCCGCUUCCCGCCCCCGCAGGGACCAUGGCCAGCCGGCAGCCCUAGCGAGAGGCGGUUCCACAGCGCGCCCGGAAGCCCCGCCCCGCCCCGCCAGCACCAGCGCCUCAGGCGGGCUUUCCUCCCCUCCGGGAGGCGCGAAUCCUCAGGGGCUCCUCGAGAGAGCGCCAGGGAGCAGCUGCGCGCGGACACCUUUCGGCCCUCUGCGGCCGCCGUAGCUCCCCGGCAGAAACCCGGAAGUGGAACUUUUAGCCAUUGAGCGUUUCUGUGAAGACGGAGGCGGGUUCUGGAGAGACGUACGCUGUCAGGGAGUGUUUACUUCGCCUCCACUUCUGUUCCUCCCCGCCCUGAUGCUGCUCCGGGUCACAUACUCGUCCUGAGCCGGCUUCAGCCUCUCCGCGCAGAAGUCUCCAGGAGCCAUGGCCGAGUACUCCUAUGUAAAGUCUACCAAGCUCGUGCUCAAGGGAACCAAGGCGAAGAGUAAGAAGAAAAAGAGCAAAGAUAAGAAGAGAAAAAGAGAAGAAGAUGAAGAAACCCAGCUUGAUAUUGUUGGAAUCUGGUGGACAGUAACAAACUUUGGUGAAAUUUCGGGAACCAUAGCCAUUGAAAUGGAUAAGGGAACCUAUAUACAUGCACUCGACAACGGUCUUUUUACCCUGGGAGCUCCACACAAAGAAGUUGAUGAGGGCCCUAGUCCUCCAGAGCAGUUUACGGCUGUCAAAUUGUCUGAUUCCAGAAUUGCCCUGAAAUCUGGCUAUGGAAAAUACCUUGGUAUAAAUUCAGAUGGACUUGUUGUUGGGCGUUCAGAUGCAAUUGGACCAAGAGAACAAUGGGAACCAGUCUUUCAAAAUGGGAAAAUGGCUUUAUUGGCCUCAAAUAGCUGCUUUAUUAGAUGCAAUGAAGCAGGAGACAUAGAAGCAAAAAGUAAAACAGCAGGAGAAGAAGAAAUGAUCAAGAUUAGAUCCUGUGCUGAAAGAGAAACCAAGAAAAAAGAUGACAUUCCAGAAGAAGACAAAGGAAACGUAAAACAAUGUGAAAUAAAUUAUGUAAAGAAAUUUCAGAGCUUCCAAGACCACAAACUUAAAAUAAGUAAAGAGGACAGUAAAAUUCUUAAAAAGGCUCGGAAAGAUGGAUUUUUGCAUGAGAUGCUUCUGGACAGGAGAGCCAAAUUGAAAGCCGACAGAUACUGCAAGUGACUGGGAUUUUUGUUUCUGCCUUAUCUUUUUGUGUUUUUUUUUCUGAAUAAAAUACUCAGAGGAAAUGCUUUUACAGA